AUGGCCUCCAGGGAUGUGGCAAUAGGAAUGAUCUUCUUAUCACAGACAACAUUUGGGAUCCUUGGGAAUUGCACUCUUCUAUAUCAUUAUCUCUUCCUUUACUUCACUGGGCAUAGGUUAAGGUCCACAGAUUUGAUUCUCAAGCACUUGAUUGUAGCCAAUUCUUUAGCCCCCCUCUUCAGAGGAGUCCCCCAGACAAUGGCAGCUUUUGGAUCGAGAGAUUUUCUCAGUGAUAUUGGAUGCAAACUUGUUUUCUAUCUCAGAGUGGACAGGGGUGUGUCCAUCAGCACCACCUGCCUCUUGAGUGUUUUCCAAGCCAUCAAGAUCAGCCUCAGGAACUGCAGGUGGGCAGAACUUAAAAUGAAAGCUCCCAAGUACAGUGGCUCCUCUAUAUUAUUAUGUUGGAUCCUGCAAAGGCUGGUAAAUAUAACUUAUACUCCAUACAUGACUAGCAAAUGGAGAAACACAAAUGUCACAGUGAAAAAGGAUUUGGGAUUCUGUUCUGGGGAACACAGUGAUGAAAUCACACUAUCACUGCUCACAGUAUUGUUAUUGUUCCCUGAUGUUUCAUGUUUGGUGCUUAUGCUCUGGGCCAGCAGCUCCAUGGUUUUCAUCCUACACAGGCACAAACAGCAGGUGCAACACAUCCACAGGGCUAACAUCUCUCCCAGAUUCUCCCCUGAGUCUAAAGCUACCAAAAAAAUUCUUGUUCUCGUGAACACCUUUGUAUCAUUUUACACCCUCUCCUCCAUCUUCCAAGUCUGUAUUUCUUACUCUCCUCAUCCCACUUGGUUGCUGGUGAACAUCUCUGCCCUAAUCUCUGUGUGUUUCCCAACUCCCUGCCCCUUUGUUCUCAUGAGCUGUGACCUCAGUCGGGAGGAGGUGCAUAUGGAGGACACUUUCGAUGCCAAGAAUUCCCGCGACGUGGACCACAUUUCCCAGAGGUCUCUGAGAGACGGCUCCAUUAGGGCAGUGUAG